AUGAAUAAGAUUAAUUUAAUAAGUACAAAAGAGAUAUCUGAAAUCGUCAGUUGGUAUACCCAUGUCUGUGCUGGAACUAUGCAAGGAUAUCGUGCCACGGAAGAAGAUGCAACGGUUAUUUUGGCGUCUCUUAAAAAUUUUCCAUCCUGUAGGAUGUGCACCAUUUUUGAUGGUCAUAUAGGAAAAGAAACAGCCUUAUAUUGCGCAAGGAACAUAGCUGAUUUUAUUGGUAAUUGUACAACGUUGGAUGUUAACAAUAUAACUAAUGCUUGUAUACAGAUGGACAAUGAAAUAUUAAAUAGUAAUUUCGCUCAUAAUGGAUCAACAGCAAUAAUUGCUAUAAUCGAAAAAAUUAUGAACAAGGAUUUUUUUAAGCUAUAUAUUUGCAACUUGGGAGAUUCCCGAGCAAUGCUUAUUAAAAAGGAUGGAUCAUUUAUUUCAUUAAGUGAAGAUCAUAAACCUUAUAAUAAAAAAGAAAAAGAAAGGAUAUAUAAAAUUGGAGGUUUUGUUGAAAAUGGAAGAAUACUUGGAUAUAUAGGUGUAUCCCGUUCAUUUGGAGACAAAAAUUAUAAAAUAAAAUCCGACUGUCCUUAUAAUCCUCAUGAAACCAUGAUAAGUUGUAUACCUGAUAUAAAAAUAUUUUAUGCAAACUGUGAUGAUAUACUAUUUUUAGGAUGUGAUGGAUUAUUCGAAAUGUUAUCCUGGAAUGACGUUGCUAAAUUUACUUAUGAUUGUAUGAACAGACAUACAUUAAGCGACGCCGUAAUUAAUAUUCUCGAUUAUGCACUUCUAUCGGGAUCUAAGGAUAAUAUAACUAUACAAAUAAUUAAAUUUUUUAAUGAAGAAAUUCCGAAUUUUCAUUUUAGAGAGAAAUUAAUUCCAAGUAUUUAUAUACAUAAUGAAAAAUUAACGAAACAUGAAUUUUAUGGAAAACUUCUCAAUAAAUAUCAUAUAAAUGAUAAUAAUAUUAUUAACAAACUCGUGGAAUACUGUACAGAAAUUAAAGGAUCUUGCCCUACCAUUGAACCAUAUUUAAAAAAUAUUAGGGAAAACAAAAACACACACAUAAUAUUAAAUAGAAGAAAUAAUAAAAAUAUUAAAUACCUCACUUUACCAAUAUUACAGGAAGAUCUUAAGACAAAUAAUGUCUUUAAUAAAAUGGAUCCCAAUGAUUUUAAUAAAAUGAGAGAAUUCUUUAGAGAAUAUGAUAAAAAAGUCAAGUUUAAUUAUUAA